UGUUGGGGUGGAAGAGGAGGAGGCACCUGACAUCGACAUAUACCACUGCCCGAAUUGCGAGAAAACCCACGGGAAGUCCACCUUGAAGAAGAAGCGGACCUGGCACAAGCACAGCCCAGGGCAGACGCCCGACGUGAAGCCCGUGCAGAACGGCAGCCAGCUCUUCAUCAAGGAGCUGCGGAGCAGGACCUUCCCCAGUGCUGAGGACGUGGUGGUCCGCGUGCCAGGCAGUCAGCUCACACUGGGCUACAUGGAGGAGCACGGCUUCACCGAGCCCAUUCUGGUCCCCAAGAAAGAUGGGCUGGGCCUGGCUGUCCCAGCCCCCACAUUCUACGUCAGCGAUGUUGAAAACUAUGUGGGGCCAGAGCGGAGUGUGGAUGUGACGGAUGUCACCAAGCAGAAGGACUGCAAGAUGAAGCUCAAGGAGUUUGUGGACUAUUACUAUAGCACCAAUCGCAAGCGGGUCCUCAAUGUCACCAGCCUCGAGUUCUCUGACACCAGAAUGUCUAGCUUCGUGGAGCCGCCAGACAUCGUGAAAAAGCUGUCCUGGGUAGAAAACUACUGGCCUGACAACGCUCUUCUGGCCAAGCCCAAAGUGACCAAAUACUGCCUGAUCUGCGUGAAGGACAGCUACACUGAUUUCCACAUCGACUCUGGGGGCGCCUCUGCCUGGUACCACGUACUCAAGGGGGAGAAGACCUUCUAUCUCAUCCGGCCGGCCUCGGCCAACAUCUCCCUGUAUGAGCGCUGGCGGUCGGCCUCGAACCACAGCGAGAUGUUCUUUGCUGACCAGGUGGACAAAUGCUACAAAUGUAUCAUCAAGCAGGGCCAGACCCUCUUCAUCCCCUCAGGCUGGAUCUAUGCCACGCUCACCCCGGUGGACUGCCUGGCCUUCGCGGGACAUUUUCUCCACAGCCUGAGUGUGGAGAUGCAGAUGAGAGCAUACGAAGUGGAGAGGAGGUUGAAACUGGGCAGCCUGACUCAGUUUCCCAACUUUGAAACUGCCUGCUGGUACAUGGGGAAGCACCUACUCGAGGCAUUCAAAGGCGCUCACAAAUCCGGGAAACAACUGCCUCCUCAUCUCGUCCAAGGAGCUAAAAUUCUCAAUGGUGCUUUUAGAUCAUGGACGAAGAAGCAGGCCUUGGCAGAGCAUGAGGACGAGCUCCCAGAGCACUUCAAGCCUUCGCAGCUCAUCAAAGACCUGGCCAGAGAGAUCCGGCUCAGCGAGAAUGCCUCCAAAGCCAUCCGACCGGAAGUGAAUGCCAUCGCCUCCUCAGAGGAAGUCUGUGACGGGGACCGGGAGAAGGAGGAACCCCCCUCUCCCAUUGAGGCCACUCUGCCACGAUCCCUCCUGGAGAAAGUGUCCAAAAAAAAGACUCCCAAAACUGUGAAGUUGCCCAAGCCGUCCAAAAUCCCCAAGCCCCCAAAGCCUCCCAAGUCCCCAAAGCCCCCCAAAGCCCUGAAGCUCAAGGAUGGGGGCAAGAAGAAAGGGAAGAAGCCCCGGGAGUCAGCCUCACCCACCAUCCCUAACCUGGACCUGCUGGAGGCCCACACCAAGGAGGCGCUGACCAAGAUGGAGCCUCCCAAGAAGGGCAAGGCUACAAAGAGUGUCCUGAGUGUCCCCAACAAAGAUGUGGUCCACACACAGAACGAUGUGGAGAGGCUGGAAAUUCGAGAACAAACUAAGAGCAAGUCGGAGGCCAAGUGGAAGUAUAAGAACAGCAAACCUGACUCCCUGCUGAAGAUGGAGGAGGAGCAGAAGCUGGAGAAGUCACCCUUGGCUGGAAACAAGGACAGCAAGUUUUCUUUCUCCUUCUCCAACAAGAAGCUCCUCAGCUCCAAGGCUCUCAGGCCCCCGACGAGCCCUGGUGUGUUCGGGGCCUUGCAGAACUUCAAGGAGGACAAACCCAAGCCCGUGCGGGACGAGUAUGAGUAUGUGUCAGACGACGGAGAGCUCAAGAUCGAUGAGUUUCCCAUCAGGAGGAAGAAAAACACCCCGAAAAGGGACUUGUCCUUCCUGUUGGAUAAGGAGGUGCUCCCCACGCCCGUCUCGAAGCCAAAGCUGGACGCAGCGGUGCACAAGCAGAGUGACGACUCCUCAGAUGAGGGCUCGCUGCACAUCGACACUGACACCAAGCCUGGCCGCAAUGCCAAAGUCAAGAAGGAGAGUGGGAGCUCCGCGGCUGGCAUCCUUGACCUGCUGCAGGCCAGCGAGGAGGUCGGCGCCCUGGAGUACCAUCCCAGCAGUCAGCCGCCUGCCUCGCCCAGCACACAGGAAGCCAUCCAGGGCAUGCUGUCCAUGGCCAAUCUGCAGGCUUCCGAUUCCUGCCUGCAGACCACGUGGGGUGCUGGCCAGGCCAAGGGGGGCUCACUGGCGGCCCACAGCGCCCGGAAGAAUGGCGGCAGCGGCAAGAGUGCAGGCAAACGGCUGCUGAAGAGGGCUGCCAAGAACAGCGUGGACCUGGAUGACUAUGAGGAAGAGCAGGACCACCUGGAUGCCUGCUUCAAGGACUCAGACUAUGUCUACCCCUCGCUGGAGUCAGAUGAAGACAACCCCGUCUUUAAGUCCCGGUCGAAGAAGAGAAAAGGCUCUGAUGACGCUCCCUACAGCCCGACAGCGAGGGUCGGCCCGUCAGUGCCCAGACAGGACAGGCCUGUGCGUGAGGGUACCCGAGUGGCCUCCAUUGAGACCGGGCUGGCCGCCGCUGCAGCCAAGCUGUCCCAGCAGGAGGAGCAGAAAAGCAGGAAGAAAAAGAGUGCCAAGAGGAAGGUGGCCCCCAACACCGCCUCCCCCUCCGCCUCUGCCUCUGCUGGCACCACCUCGACCUCCACCACGCCGGCCUCUACCACCCCUGCCUCCACCACCCCGGCCUCCACCACGCCGGCUUCCACCAGCACAGCCAGCAGCCAGGCCUCGCAGGAGGGCAGCUCCCCGGAGCCCCCACCCGAGUCACACAGCAGCAGCCUGGCCGACCACGAAUACACGGCCGGGGCCUUCGCAGGGGCCCAAGCUGGCCGCGCCUCCCAGCCCAUGGCCCCUGGGGUCUUCCUCACACAGAGGCGGCCCUCUGCAUCCUCCCCGAACAACAACACCGCUGCCAAAGGAAAACGUACAAAAAAGGGCAUGGCCACCGCCAAGCAGAGGCUUGGGAAAAUUUUGAAAAUUCAUCGGAACGGGAAACUGCUCCUUUAAAGUUUGGAAAGCCAGGAUCCUUCUGCUCCGCUCAGGACCCCCCGGAGCCCCGCGCAAACAUCCGCCCCCCAGGAGGGUGGCCCAACUGCCUCACCCAGGGGGGCUCUCACCUCCUCCCGGCCACCACUCCCCCCAAACGAGCGUCUGUCCCUUGAGCAGGCGGAGCGAGCCCACGUGGCCGUCCCUCGUUCUGAACACGGACGUCCUUUCUCAAGUUGCUAAGAGUGGCCUGUCCCUGUAUGGCGACCCUGCCAGUCUGAGGACCAUUCACUCCACUUUAAGGACACCCUUCAGGCACACUGCA